GUUAGUGAACCAUAACGCCACUCCAUUUAACCAGGAGAGAGAGAGAGAGCUUUCUUCAAUAAGAAACCCUAACUUUUCUCAGUAAAAGAAGGAGAAACCCUAGAUUUCAGACCUGCAACUUGUUAUCAUCUUACUAGCAAUCUUUCUUAGUAGCAAUGGUAUCAGGCUUUGCACACCGUGCCAGCCCAAACUCACGCAGGGGUACACCAAUACCUGCAAAUGUGAAGCUCACAUAUAAGGCCGUGAGCCUCAUGGCCAUGGUGAUGGGUUCUGUCUCUCUUGGCUUGGCAACACGGCUUGUAUACACAGGCGCGAAUAUCAAAGUUUCGGUGAUCCUCUUUAUAAUCUACGCAAAGUGUUUCGCUAUAUCUGCAGUGAUAAAGGGGCUGAUGAUCCUUGCCCCUCAGUCCAUUAGAGGUGCUCGAGUUUUAGGGUUUCUUAUGGUUAGUGUUCUGAGUCUCUUCUUUCUGGCUUUCCAGAUUCACCUGGUCUUUCUACUGAAGGUGGGAAAUGGCAUGGCAUGAAAACAAGGCUUUGUUUUGCUUUUCAGGCUUUUAUUUAGAGAGAGUAAUGGAUGCGUUGUUGAGGCAAUCUCUAUGUAGUUUCCUCUUUAAUGCCUCAAAUAAAAGUGUAAAGGUUUGCCGAUUGAAAAUAACAGAUAAGAGUCUGGCUGCCAGAAUCGAGCUCGCCAUUCUGUCUCUUUCCUAGGGGUGGCAAUGGAUCCAAGACCCGGCGCGUAUACCUGACACGGGUCUGGGUAUGGGUCCAAUAUUUGGAUCUUUGGGUUGGGGUUUCGACCUUGUCCCCGAACACUAUCUGUGUCCGGGGCUGGGUUGGGUUGAACCCGACCCAUACUCGACCAAUAUCCGUAAAUUGUUGUAGAUAAAAUACUUCAAGCCCUAUUUAUUUGGUGUACUAAGGAUCAUAUACAAUAAGAACUCACAGUCAUCUUUAGCUAUUAAACGACAAAUUAAAAGACUUGAAAUCUAAUUGCAAGUGAUUGUGAUAUUAUUGCCAAUAAUGAGUAUAUGAUGGUAAAAAAAAGGCAAGGAAAAGAAGAAGAAGAAGCUCAUAAUGAUGGUGGCAAUGGACCCGGCGAGAACGAGAUUUGAUGGGUACGGGUAUGGGUCCAACGUUUGGACCUGAAUACAUUCGGGUUUGGGUCUGCGUCCAGUCGGACCCGAACCAUACCCACCCCGUUGCCACCCCUACUCUUUUCUAUCCAAAUAACAGUUUUCAUUUGCUUUGUAGGUUGCUAGGAGGCCUAGAUUCACUAUCUAGGAAAUGAGGGGACACCAUGAGAGAGACCCGACACAUUUGAAGAAAAUGUACGGUACAGUUUUCUCUUUGUGGUGUGGGACCUCCACCCCCACAUAUCCGUGUCGGAUUGACAGAUUAUGAUCUAAAUCAGUCCGAAUCAAUGAUAUAAAAACAAUUGAAAAAUAAUAAACAAUUCUAAAAUAGGAGUUUAAGCAAGGUGAUUUAGGGAGGAUAUAGGAAAACAUUUGAUAAGUUUUUUUUUUUAAAAAAAAAAGAACAUGAAAGGUUGGUAGUUUAGGGGUGGACUGGGCGA